AUGGCCAGCACGGCCCACAACGCCACCCGCAGCAGUCCUCGCCAGCAGGGCCCCCUGGGGGAAGGGGUGGAGGCUUACAGCGAUCCUCAGUCGGCACAAGAUUGGCGUAACGAAGAGCUGCAGGACAUGCAAAUGAAAUUGGAAUCAGCGAUGGAACGGCUUAAUAGAGAAUCGACCUUGGCAGACCAGCUGAGGGCAGCCUUGUCGAAUAAGGAAGGGGAGGCUGAGCAGCUGCAACAGACGGUGAAGAUGCUCCAGGCGGAGAACAGCAGAUUGAAUAAUAGCUCAACUGAUGGUGACGGUGGUAGUGUUAAGAAGCUGAAGAAUAGGAUUGAAGAGCAAGAGGCUAAGAUAACUGCCUUACAAUCGGCACUACAGGAAGCCCAUGCGGCUAAGAAAGCCUCGGUCAGUAGUGUUCAGCAGCAGGAAGAGUAUCAGGGUCUUCGGGAGGAGCUGGGACGAUUGCAGGAGAGUGUGGAGAGAUACCAAGCUGAGCUGCAACGAAGGGAGGUGGAGAAUAGGGAGUUACAAGGGGAGUUGGCAGAUGCCAAGCGAGCUGAUGAUGAACAACGCAGUGAUUUGAGCAGCCGAGUUGAAUCGGCGGAGAAGAUCGUAUCAGAGUUACGAGAAGAGUUGCAGCGAGCCCAUGAAGAUGAGGCGGCCACUGUUGGGAAGUAUGAGGCACGCAUUGAGGAGUUGGAGAGGGCCAACUCUCCGAAACGGGGGGAUGUGUCGUCGAUGGCUUCGAGUUACGAGGUUGUGGACUUGGACCCUAACACGAUGGAGCAUCCAGGUGACACACAACUAGAGGAGGCCGCCAGGAUGGCUGAGGAGGACAAGGCGGCUUUGCGAGCUGAGCUGGCAGAGCGAACGGCGAAAGUCGAUGAGCUGCAGAACAGCGUGCAUGACUUACAGGAGCAUGUUGAAGAUCUAACAGCACGGCUGAGAGAAGCGGAGGCUGGUCGAGAGAGGAGCCUUCAAGAGCUGUCGGAGGCUACGCUCACGUUGAAGGAUCAACAGAAGGGAGCUGAGGAGGGCAGAGCGAGAGCUGAUGAGGAAGCGGAGUCCCUAAGGCGAGAGCUUGAGGCUAAGGAAUUGACCUACAACAACCUACUACGACAGGUGGAGGAGAUGAGAGAGCACAUGGAGGAGCAAGCGAAGGAGCUUGUUGCCAUGGCUACUGAGAAGGCUGCGGCAAGCAUCAAGAGUGAAGAGGAAGUAGCUCAUCUCAAGGAGCAACUACAACAGGCCAUCGGUCGGUCCAAUCUUGCCGACGGUCUGGAGGAAGAGUUGUCGGAUGCCCAGAUGGCCCUCACAGAGGCGCAGGAUCGUGAGAGUGCUUUGGAAGAAGCGGCGGAGAAGGCUAAGAAUGAGUUAGCCCAAGCUAGUUCUGAACUCAAUGAGCUCCGUGAGGAAGUCACUACGCUACAGGAGACUCUGGCUGCUUCUCGUCGUGAGGUGAUGGAAUAUAAAGAGUCACUGGAGAGUCUACAAGCCGAUGCUGACAAGUUGAAGGAGGAGUUGUCGGAGGCUGAGGAGCAGAGGGAGGCGGAGAGGCUCAGAGCAGACCGGAGCGAACAUGAAGUAGAGGAAACAAAGAGGCAACUGGCGGAGUUGAAGGCCGGUGAGGCUUCGAAGGAUGGAGAGAUGGAUGAGCUCAGAGCACGACUGGAGGAGAUGCAUGAGGAAUUCGGAAAAGCCCAAGAUGACCUUUGCAGUGCUGAGUCGAUGAUUGAGGAAUAUGAUCAGGAGAAUCGAGCAAAGAGCGAGCACAUUAUGAAGUUGACAGAGGCAUUGGAAGCGAGAGACGACUUCAUCAAUCAAGUCACGGACUACAGGGACCUUCUAGUGAAGGACGUGGCAGUGCUGGGGGAAGAAGCAGAGAACCGUGCAACCUUGGCGGCGGAGUAUUACAAGGAGAUGAAGACUUUGCACAAGCAGUUGAGCGAAGCGCACGAGAAGGGUAGUGCACUCGCAAGGGCAUGGCAGCAGUCGGGGGCCGACCGGCUCGCCGAGGUCAAGAAUGUCGCUUCCAAGGCGGCCGCAUCGCUCAAGGAGAAAGACGAGCUGAUCGCAGAGAUAAAGGGGCAGUACCACAAGCUGGCUGAUAAGUACACGCAGUUGGCUGAGAAGCGACAGAGAGAGAUCGACGAUGGGAAGGCUCGGUUGGAGAGGGCUAGCGAGGCCAAUGAGGAGAAGCUGUCGUCAGUGAUAGGAAGAGCACAGGCAGUCUUGAAGUCGGUUGAGGAUGAUAACGCUGCCGCGACCAGCCGCACUGAGGCGUACAUCAACUCCAUCAUGUCCUUGAACGAUCGUCUCAUGGCGACUCUGAAGAGCUCUUCCAAGCAGUCAGAGGGAGAGAUGGCCAAGAUAGUCACCAUGCUACAGACCGAACGGAGGAAGAGACGCAGUGCUGAGGAGGCGCUGGAGAAGGUGUCAUCCGAAUCAGCUGGGCAGGAGCCAUCAGCAGCUGCUAGUCGUAGGCUGGCUGUUCAUCUGGCUCGUCACGUUCAGGAUCUCACUGCAACUAUCAAGGAAUUGAGGGAGAAACAGGGAGAGGAAAAGCCCUCGACUGCGUCUAUUGAAAGCAGUGGGGAGAACUCGGAUGAAUCACUCGAGUCGUUGCAAAGAGAAUCAUCUCGGCUGCGUCGCGCGAUGCCGGACUAUCGCUCUUCCGAUCUCUCCAAGUGCAUGGUAUCCUUAUCCUCCUUGAAGGCUGACAUAACUACUACAGAGGACGAGUACGCCGAGGAUAUUGUCGAUGAUCUCGACGAGGACUUCUCUCCUUCUCACAUUAUCGACCCUCUGCCUUCCACCCCGACCGCUGAUGACGUGGACUCCCUGGCCGGCCUAGUCAGCGAUGAGACUUCUGUAGCUCCGGUUGACUGCAGUGCUGCCAUAGAGUACUUCCAAGACUGGAUGGAAACGUCCAUCCCCGAGUCCCCACGGUUCAAGGAUGUGGACCUCGAGCAUACUGUCAAGGCUGAUGUCCCGAAUCAGGAAGAUCUGCCCAGCAUUCCCACCCUAGCCCUAGUCAGGCCAGAUAUCCUUCGUAGUGAAACUGAUGGUUGGAGCACCCAAGUUGCCCCGAGCGUAAUUGGUGGCCAUCCCGAAUCUACUAUAGGAGAAGUUCCCCCGCCCAACAGAGUGGAUGAAGCCUCGUCUGAUCGAUGGGAUAACUUCGCUGCUAAUGCCGGGGACGGCAGUCAGGUGCCGCCAUCAUCCUCAUCGGCCAGCAGCUGCCAUGGAGACGCUUGGUCAACUGAGCGGCAAGGAUCGAUAGCAACAACGACUGAAGUAGCGGCAGCAUCAAGUCAACCAGAGGCGACUAGAGACAUGGAAGGCGUCGAUGGUGGCACUGGUGGGGCCCGGCAAGAGCACGCGUUGGCGAUUGCCUCUACUGGCUCUGAGGGCGUGGACUUCAUUGGAUCCUCGUUGUCGGGAGGAGAGUCUGAGUUGGAGCCUGAGAGGCUUCAAGAGGAAUCCCUGUCUGAACGAACCCGGGACAGCCACCCGGAAGCGACCCAGAGCGAUACUGAUGUUGGUCAUACCCCAACAGAAGACGUUCGCCAUCAAUCUCGAGAUACGGACGAUUGGCUCAUUGGGGAGGAAACAACGGCAGCUACUCGUCAACCGGAGAGCACUGUGGAUGUGAGCCCAGGUUCGUCACGGUUGCAGCAGGAUGAGGAAGAUGGUGUAGCGUCUCCUGAAGAGGGUCGUCCUGGAGGGGCUGCUGACCUAUGGGCUCGAGAAGCCCCCAGCAAGACACCGGAGAUCGUUGCAGCAGUGCCCGAGGAGGAGAUGGUUGAUGUCGAGGAUAUGCCUGAGGAUGGUGUGGCUUCGCACGGAGUUGAAGACCUGCAACCACGUGCAUCCUCUGUUGCCACUCCGACAGGGCAUGCCUCGAUGAGUGGCGUCCCAGUAGGGUCAACAAUCGCAUCACCGGGACAUGACGAGGUUGUUCUUGCCGGUGGAGUUCCCGCGGAUGAUGACCACGCGGCCCUUGUUGCAGAUGACGGCCACGAUGAUGUUGAUAUUGACGGUGACGGUCGCGGCGGCGUUAACGUGGACAACGACAACACAGUUUUUGUGGCAAGUGCCGGCCACGAUGAUGUUGUUACCGCGCCUGGCAGUCGCGAUGAUGUUGUUACCGCGCCUGGCAGUCGCGAUGAUGUUGUUACCGCGCCUGGCAGUCGCGAUGAUGUUGUUACCGCGCCUGGCAGUCGCGAUGAUGUUGUUACCGCGCCUGGCAGUCGCGAUGAUGUUGUUACCGCGCCUGGCAGUCGCGAUGAUGUUGUUACCGCGCCUGGCAGUCACGAUGAUGUUGUUACCGCGCCUGGUAGUCACGAUGGUGUUGUUACCGCGCCUGAUGGCCACGAUGAUGUUGUUACCGCGCCUGAUGGCCGCGAUGAUGUUGUUACCGCGCCUGAUGGCCGCGAUGAUGUUGUUACCGCGCCUGGCAGUCGCGAUGAUGUUGUUACCGCGCCUGGCAGUCACGAUGAUGUUGUUACCGCGCUUGGCAGUCACGAUGAUGUUGUUACCGCGGCCGACGGCCACGACGCGGCUGUCGCUGCGGUCGAGCUUCAUCAGGAUUCACCUGUAGAAGGAGACACUGUUGGCUCUGAGCUUGUCGACGAAGACAGAGCGCAUCUACACGAAGAGAGAACAGCUGCGAGUCCGGCGAGUGAUAUCGAGUCGAACAUCCCCGCUAAUUACUCGAUCGCGACUCUGGACGAAGACCCAGUGGUAACGCAAAGUAGCCUUGGCUGUUCCCCAACUCCUUGGGAUUCCCCCAAGCAUGAGCAGACGGCGGCGCUCAUGUCCAAGGGGUCUUUAGAUCUCGAGGGCGGUAACGGAGGUGCUGAUCAAGGUGGUGCAACGCCUUGGGAUGACAGUCGUGAUGGUGCUGAUGUUGAUGAUUUUUGGGGUGCAUGGGAAGAUGCCGAGCCUCAUGCGAAUCAGCAAGAGCAGCGAGCUGGAGUGGUCUCUGUUCCUCAAGAGAAGGUCGUGGAAUCUCACGAUACAGUGAUUGCUCCCGAUGAAGAACAAGCCCCGUUGAACGAGGGUAGCGUUGCUCCUUCCCCGCAGGGAAGUGCCAAACCUGUUCCACUGAGUGAGCAUCAAGAGUUGGGAUCUCCUGUUGGAGUGGCAGAGCCGAGCAAUCUUUGGGAUGACACUGAAGUUGAUAGUUUGGCGAUGGAUGGUUGGGACGACCAUGUUCAGAGUCCGGCACAUAUUGGGCCUUUUGCUGCUACUUCUGGUACGGCUGUGCAGAGCGCUUCAGAUUCCCUGUGGGAUCACCCUGCCAAUGCUUCUGUGGAGUCGGGUAUUGUAAGUCCUGACGCCGGUUGGGGGCUCGACCAGGAUAGCCCACGGGUGGUGUCUUCGGCUGUCACGGGAGAACAGCAGGUGCCUCAACAUCUGCCUACCACCCCCACACAGCCUGCUACACAUGUGCCCGUAAGCGGUAGGGAGCAGGAGACCGAUGUCAAGAAGACACCUAGUAAGGAGCCCUUGGAUGAUGAUUUUUGGGAUCUCUUGAAUUCGGCGUAGUUCCUUGAUUACAAUUGAACAUUUCGUUUCACCGCUUGAGUUUACCAUCCGCAACG